CAGUGCGCGCGGCCGGGGGCGGAGCAGCGCUGGAGGCGGCGGUGGCCGGCCUGCGGGGUGGGAAGCCUUAGCGGGCCCCAGGUAAACGAAGUGCUGCGCAGUGCUGUCCCCGCCGCCCGCCGCCCUCCGCGGAGCCAUGGAGAUCGGCACCGAGAUCAGCCGCAAGAUCCGGAGUGCCAUUAAGGGGAAAUUGCAAGAAUUAGGAGCUUACGUUGAUGAAGAACUUCCUGAUUACAUUAUGGUGAUGGUGGCCAACAAGAAAAGUCAGGACCAAAUGACAGAGGACCUGUCCCUGUUUCUAGGGAACAACACAAUUCGAUUCACCGUAUGGCUUCAUGGUGUAUUAGAUAAACUUCGCUCUGUUACAACUGAACCCACUAGUCUAAAGUCUUCUGAUACCAACAUCUUCGAUAGUAACGUGCCUUCAAACAAGAGCAGUUUCAGUCGGGGAGAUGAGAGAAGGCACGAAGCUGCAGUAUCUCCCCUUGCCAUUUCUAGCAGUAGACCUGAAAAAAGAGAUUCCAGGGUUUCUGCAGGUUCACAGGAGCAGAAAACCACUAAUACCAGACAGACUUAUGAUGAAGGAGCUGCAACCCGACUAAUGUCAACAGUGAAACCUCUGAGGGAGCCAGCACCCUCUGAAGAUGUGAUUGAUAUUAAGCCAGAACCAGAUGAUCUCAUUGAUGAAGACCUCAAUUUUGUGCAGGAGAAUCCCUUAUCUCAGAAAAAACCUACAGUGACACUUACUUAUGGUUCUUCUCGCCCUUCCAUUGAAAUUUAUCGACCACCUGCAAGUCGAAAUGCAGAUAGUGGUGCUCAUUUAAACAGGUUGCAGUUUCAGCAGCAGCAAAACAGUAUUCAUGCUGCUAAGCAACUUGAUGUACAGAACAACCGGGUGUAUGAAACAGGACAUUUGUGUGAACCAGAAGUGCUUAACAAUUUAGAAGAGACUUAUAGUCCCUUCUUCAGAAACAACUCAGAAAAAAUGAGUAUUGAGGAUGAAAACUUUCGGAAGAGAAAGUUGCCUGUGGUGAGUUCAGUUGUUAAAGUAAAAAAGUUCAAUCACGAUGGAGAAGAGGAGGAGGAAGAUGAUGAUUAUGGCUCCCGAACAGGAAGCGUGUCCAGCAGUGUAUCUGUGCCAGCAAAGCCUGAAAGGAGACCUUCUCUUCCACCUUCUAAACAAGCCAACAAGAAUCUAAUUUUGAAGGCUAUAUCUGAAGCUCAAGAAUCAGUAACAAAAACAACUAACUAUUCUGCAGUCCCACAGAAACAGACACUUCCAGUUGCUCCAAGAACUCGAACUUCUCAGGAAGAAUUGUUAGCAGAAGUAGUCCAGGGGCAAAGCAGGACCUCCAGAAUAAGUUCCCCCAUUAAAGAAGAGGAAGCAAAAGGAGAUAAUAUAGAAAAAAAUCAAGGAACUCAACAGAGGCAAUUAUUAUCCCGACUGCAAAUUGACCCAGUAAUGGCAGAAACACUGCAGAUCAGUCAAGAUUACUAUGACAUGGAAUCCAUGGUCCAUGCAGACACAAGAUCAUUUAUUCUGAAGAAGCCAAAGCUGUCUGAGGAAAUAGUAGUGGCACCAAACCAAGAGUCGGGGAUGAAGACUGCAGAUACCCUUCGGGUACUUUCAGGACACCUUAUGCAGACACGAGAUCUUGUACAACCAGAUAAACCUGCAAGUCCCAAGUUUAUAGUGACGCUGGAUGGUGUCCCCAGCCCCCCAGGAUACAUGUCAGAUCAAGAGGAGGACAUGUGCUUUGAAGGAAUGAAACCCGUAAACCAAACUGCAGCCUCAAACAAGGGACUCAAAGGUCUCCUCCACCCACAGCAGUUGCAGUUGAUGAGCAGGCAGCUUGGUGACCCAGAUGGUAGCUUUUCCUACGCUGAGAUGAGUGAACUGAGUGUGGUACAAAAACCAGAAAAGCUUUUGGAGCGCUGCAAGUACUGGCCUGCUUGUAAAAAUGGGGAUGAAUGUGCAUACCAUCACCCGAUUUCACCUUGCAAAGCCUUCCCCAAUUGUAAAUUUGCUGAAAAAUGUUUGUUUGUUCAUCCAAAUUGUAAAUUUGACGCAAAGUGUACUAAGCCAGAUUGUCCCUUUACUCAUAUGAGUAGAAGAAUUCCAGUACUGCCUCCAAAACCAGCAGUUACAACACCAACACCAUCUUCUAGUAGUCAGCUCUGCCGUUACUUCCCAGCAUGUAAGAAAAUGGAAUGUCCCUUCUACCAUCCAAAACACUGUAGAUUUAACACUCAGUGUACAAGACCAGACUGUACAUUCUAUCAUCCCACCAUUACUGUACCACCAAGACAUGCCUUGAAAUGGAUUCGACCUCAAACCAGUGAAUGACGCCCAGUCCUAUCUGGUGGAAGAUCAUGCAGUUUGAAAGGUUCCAUCUACUGAUGAAAGAUAAUUCUACAGAAUUUGUCGAAUCUUUGAAACUUGGAAUAUAUUGCUUUCAUAACAUGAA